AUGCGAGCAAGCUUCAUCAUCCUCUCCUUCGUGGUGUUCCUUGUGAGGGGACACAUAGUAAAGGCUGAUGACAAGAAAAGCUUUUCAAAGCUAUUCGACGCGAACUUGGUGAACAAUUACGAGAAGUUGUUUAAAGUGAUAAAAUGUCAGUACUGUUUAACUCAGAAAAAAGGAGCACAAAAUGAAAAAUGCAAGAAGAUAAUGAAGGAGUGCGAACAUUUACUGAAGGAUGGAGAGUACAUCACCACGUUGAAAGAUUUAAUGAAUGACUUGAAGGUGGGUAACAACGAUCAUGUGUAUGGACCGAACACAAAAGAGUUGAAAAAAAUUAUCAACUUCUUGGAGUUACACAUGCAAGAAAUCGGAAAAUUAAAGGACAUGAUUGACACUAUAAAGGAUAAUAAAGCUAUUUUGUUAGUCAAUGGAGGAAAUAAUCCAGUGAUACAUAAGUUGAAUAAAAAAAUGAAGUCACUAAAGAACAACGUUGAGUAUAUACAGAAGAGCCAAGAUAUUAUAACUGAACAGAUAAGUAAGAAUGAUGAUGAGGAGAAUAAUGUACUACCUGAUAUGUUUCACUUAAACGCAACAAUAAACAAGGAUGACAAUGAGCUUAUCCAACUAGGUAACAUAGCAGACAAUGAUGAAGAACAUAAAUUUGAAUUAGGGGGUGUAGAUAUAGACGAAUUUGUAAAAAAUAGCAUGAAGGAUUUAUUUAAAGAUGGUGAAGGAUUUAUGGAUGCUGUGAAGACUACCCUAAUACAAGAAGGAGGAGGAAUCGGUGGAGAGUUAGUUAGUCUCAUAGAAAAGGGAAAAGAAAUUGGAGAAAAAAUUGUCGAUAUUGAAGGAAUGAUAACGAAUAAGAAUAACCCUGCCAAUAAGGAUGGAACUACCAUCGAAAAGUUGGAUCACUUCAAAACAGAAUUAUCAUCCUAUGAAUUUUUGAUAAUCAGUCUUAAAGGGAUAGUCUUGAGUAAACUUAAGGAUAUUUUGUUACGCCUCUUGUAUAAGGCCUACAUAAGCUACAGAACUAAAAAGGCAAUAGAGUUUGAAGAGCCUCCCCCAACUGAGGUGUCCGAGGAACACUAUCUCAGUGAACUCAAAAAAGGAGUCCUGGAAUUAGGAAUGAAAAUAUUAUUCAACAAAUUACGAAAUCUACUUACCAUCGUAAAGAAGAAGUUGUUCCCGAAGAAGGCUGGAAGUAAAGGAGGUAAGACAGAGAAGGAGCAGAAAAAGGGAGAUUCUAAAACGGCCACUCCUGAAACUGCUGAACUCAGUUCCCAAAUGUUAAGAGGUUCUGUACCCGCGGAAGACUUCAGUCUCAUGGCCAGCAUAGACAGCAUGAUUGAAGAAAUCGACUUUUACGAGAAGGAAAUAUAUCACAAUCCGCACACUCAGGAAGUGAUGGAUGGGGGCCACAAGGGCGCAGCAGCAGAGGUGCAAGCGAUGGACGACGGUUCGGUAGAGGAUGCGGUGGAGGAUGCGACAAUCGACGCGGUAAACGACGCGACAAGCGACGCGACAAACGACACCGUCAACGACGCAACCGAUGAGGAGGAAAUGACCGAGCAGAUGGCCGAGGAGGUCGUGGAUCAGAUUGCCGAAGAGGUGGUCGAACAUAUGGCGCACGACAUGGUCAACAUGGAGGACGUGGUGGAGGACGUCGUGGAGGAGGUUGCCCAGAUGGAGGAAGUCGCCGCGGAGGUAGCCACGGAGGUCGCCGAGGAGGUCGCUCAGAUGGAGGAAAUUGUGCAGAAAGUGGUGAACGAGGCUGCCUACGUCGUGCAGGAGGUAGCCAACGCAGUUGAGGAGGUUGCUGAUGCGGUCGAUGAUACUGCGCAGGGAGUGGACACCCCGGAAAACGUCUUCGAGGUGGGCACUGAAGAAGUAGAAGCGGUUCCAGAGAACGCCGAGGUGGGCACUGAAGAAGUAGAAGCGGUUCCAGAGAACGUCGAGGUGGGCACUGAGGAAGAAGAAGCGGUUCCAGAGAACGCCGAGGUGGGCACUGAGGAAGAAGAAGCGGUUCCAGAGAACGCCGAGGUGGGCACUGAGGAAGAAGAAGCGGUUCCAGAGAACGGCGAGGUAGCCCCAGAAAACACCGAGGUAGUCCCAGAGAACGCCGAGGUAGUCCCAGAGAACGCCGAGGUAGCCCCAGAGAACGCCGAGGUAGCCCCAGAAAACACCGAGGUAGAACCUGAAAACACCGAGGUAGUCCCAGAGAACGCCGAGGUAGCCCCAGAGAACGCCGAGGUAGCCCCAGAGAACGCCGAGGCAGUCCCAGAGAACACUGUCGAGGAAGCUGCACAUGUCGAUGCACAUGUCGCUGAACAAGUCGCAGACGAUGUCGAAGAGGCCACGGUAAAUGUGGUAGAAGCGGUCCCAGAAAACGAUGCAGCAGCUCCCAACGCGGCAGACGAAACCGCGAACACCGUCGAUACCCCCACCGAUGUCACUGCAUAG